AUGCCUGUCAUCUACGGGGAGGGCGGCGAGCAGGCCUUCCUUCGACUCCAGAGGGAGAUCAUCACCAUCUGUCCAGACCAGAGCAUCUUCGCCUGGGGUCCAAUACAUCCUAACUUUCAUAUCGCCCGCAAGGGCAUCUUAGAGUUGGAGCGUGCGGACCCUGCGCCCCAGGAGGGCCUCUCGUGGGCAGACAUGGAGUUAUGGGACCGUCUCCUUGCGUCCUCGCCAGACCAAUUUUCAAGCUCGGCGGACGUCCUGCCGCUCACUCAGUCGGAAUAUAUCGAAUUAUUUGGCGUCGCCCUCGACCUCAGCUGCACCUUCUCGGCCAACGGUAUCACGCUCCGCCUCCCUAUCUCCUCUGGAUCUAUUCCCACCGUACACCCAUUCAUGUUCGUUCAUCUCGCCGCUCUAGCUUGCACUACAACCACAGCCGAGGCUGUCAUCCUCCUCUUGUUCCUAACACGACCAGAGGAAAUGUCCUCCGGUCCAUCGACUGAUGCGCCCUCAGAGGUAAUCUUCCCUAACGUUGGGCGACCGAUCUUAGAUGGCAGCGACAGCACCCUGGAGUACUAUCGGGGGGCCAUCCUGCGGCAGUCCCGGUUCGACUGGGCAAACCGUAGCUCCUGGAAUGCGCGUUCCCGCCGAUCUCACGUAGAUUGGCCGCCUUCGCUUGGCCAGUUCCACCGUCGACAGCUGCGAAUUGAGGCCCCCGCCCAACGGCUCGUACUCCCCAUCUCGCUCCUGGCACCUGCGAGCCCUGGCCGCGAGUCGCCUGACUUGCGUCUGGAUCCUGUCGUCACCCCUUCCGCAUUGGUGUUCGAGAUCCCCUACUGGGUCUCUCGCGGCCUAGAGAGCCGCCAUGGUUUUGUGUAUCAAGGUACCGUUCCAGGUCCAUCGCAGAUCGCGCAUGAGGACCGAGGGGGCCUGCGUCGCUUCACCUUAUAUUGGACCCCGGGCGCGUCUGUGCGAGACAGCCACCCUACACUCACCUUUACAUUUGUCAACGCCUCGCACGACGAGACACUCCAGAUCUCGUUCGGGGUCGGCUGUGAUUGCACAGUGGAGAAGGUCGUGGAUGAGAGGUCUGGCACCGAAUCGGACAUAGACGAGUGGUGA